UGUGUGUGUUGUGUAUAUAAGUGAAGGUGUAGAUGAACCAUACUUCAGGCAUAAGUAGUGGAGUCUUGAGUUGAGAAAUGCACACAAGAUAGUGGUGACAGCAGUGAGGAGGUUUUCCUGGGAUGUCAUCCAUUUAGCUAUAGAUAGCAAACCCAAAGCUCCUUAGAGAGAAACCCUCUUACCAGCCACUUUCCACGAAUGGUACAUACACCUAAAGGUACUUAAUGAAAAUCCUUCAGAGGUAUUUAAUGCUAAAGUAGGCAGUCUCCCUACUAUUUCUCCGAAGCCCACGCCUACACCCAGGCAGUGGCACUGGGAAAGCAGUACCCAGGCAGCCGCCCCAAGGCUAGCCAGUGUAUUUGCCUCAGAUAGGCUCUGCCACCCUAACAGAUCGCCAAGAUGUGUGACAUGGGGGGACUGGAUAACCUGAUUGCCAACACAGCAUACCUGCAGGCCAGGAAAAGUGGAGAUGCGGAUGCCAGGGAGAUGCAAAAAAGGCGCAAGAGCCUUUCAUUGCCCAAGAAUGAGGAAUGCUCUGAACUCAAGAAGUCCAUUGCAGUGGACUAUGACAGCAUUUGUGAGCAACAACCUAUUGGCAAGUAUUUUUUCCGGGAAUUCCUGGAUACUGUGUCUGAAUACCUGUUGACCAAGGAGUUCUUGGAUGAAGUGUCUACUUGGGAGUUGGCAGAAGAUUACAUCAAGAGCAGCCUCUUGGAGGGCAUAGUCAACAUGUACCUGAAGACUGGCAGCAAUAGCUACCUGAAAUUUCUCAGUGCAGACUUGUCCAACAAAUGCCAGUCUGCUCCCAAGGAAGAUUUUGAGAGUCUCACGCAAUCAGCCAGGGCAGAGACCUCAGCCUUCCUUAAAGGGAAACCAUUUGAGGACUUUCAGGCCAGUCCGUUCUUUGAGAAGUUCGUGCAAUGGAAAUGCUAUGAACGGCAACCUGUAACCGAGAAACUUUUUGAAGACUUCCGAGUAUUAGGAAAGGGAGGCUUUGGAGAGGUUUCUGCCAUCCAGGUAAAAAAUACUGGGAAGAUGUAUGCCUGUAAGAAGCUGGACAAAAAAAGAUUGAAGAAAAAAGGUGGUGAAAAGAUGGCUCUGCUAGAGAAGGAGAUCCUUGAGAAAGUCAACAGCCGUUUCAUUGUCACCCUGGCCUAUGCUUAUCAGAGCAAAACCGCCCUGUGUCUUGUCAUGAGCCUCAUGAAUGGUGGGGAUCUGAAAUAUCACAUUUACAAUGUGGGAGACAGAGGCCUGGAAAUGGAUAGGGUUGUCUUCUACUCGGCUCAGAUCACCUGUGGGAUACUGCACCUUCACUCCAUUAAAAUUGUCUACAGGGACAUGAAGCCAGAAAAUGUCCUCCUGGAUGAUAACGGCCACUGCCGAUUGUCUGAUCUUGGCUUGGCGGUGGAAGUAAAAGACGGCAAAGAAAUCACCCAGAGGGCUGGAACUAAUGGAUACAUGGCUCCUGAAAUCCUAAAGGAACAGAGUUACUCCUACCCUGUGGACUGGUUUGCUAUGGGAUGCAGUAUUUAUGAGAUGAUUGCUGGCCGAACUCCGUUCAAAGAUUUCAAAGAGAAGGUCGAUAAAGACGAAGUAAAAAAAAGGACCAUAGAAGCUGAGGUGAAAUUUGAGCAUGCUAAUUUUGAUGAGCUAUCGAAAGGUAUCUGUAAAGCGUUCCUGGCAAAGAAUCCAGAAGAUCGUUUGGGAAGCAGGACUAAUGAUGAUGAUCCCAGGAAACACGUUUUCUUCAAGUCAAUAAACUUCCAUAGGCUGGAGGCAGGCCUUAUAGAUCCUCCCUUUGUGCCAGACCCAUCUGUUGUCUAUGCCAAAGACGUCGCAGACAUUGCUGACUUCUCUGAAGUGCGGGGAAUUGAAUUUGAUGACAAAGACAAGAAAUUCUUCAAGAAAUUUUCCACCGGUGCUGUCCCGAUACCAUGGCAAGAAGAAGUUAUUGAAACAGGACUCUUUGAAGAACUGAAUGACCCCAACAGAGUAGUUGGAGGUGAAUCCAAAUCUGGAGUUUGUUUGUUGUUAUAGAUAUUCCAUCAGGAACAUAAAACGUGGGAAUGCACCACUGAACCUUCCAUGAUUUCAAAGACUCAAAGAUGAUUAGCAAGAACUCAUUGACACCAUAAUGGCAAGCUGAAUAAACUGUUCUCUUCUGUGAUGGUAUUGUAUUUUUUUAU